AUGAGGGGAGUGGAGGUGGCGUGGGCGUUGAGGGGAGGUUCUCGUGCUGCUGUGAUGGCUGCUGUGGGGAAUGGGCAAACGGGGACGACGGGGACGAUGGCGGUGCUGCAGUGCUGGUGGAGAAAAGGCGAGGGGAGGAGUGAGGGGAGAGGGAGUGAGGUGAGUGGGAGUGAGGGGAGUGGGAGUGAGCGGAGUGGGAGUGAGGGGAGUGGGAGUGAGGGGAGUGGGAGUGAGCGGAGUGGGAGUGAGGGGAGUGGGAGUGAGGGGAGUGGGAGUGAGCGGAGUGGGAGUGAGGGGAGUGGGAGUGAGCGGAGUGGGAGUGAGGGGAGUGGGAGUGAGCGGAGUGGGAGUGAGGGGAGUGGGAGUGAGCGGAGUGGGAGUGAGGGGAGUGGGAGUGAGGGGAGUGGGAGUGAGCGGAGUGGGAGUGAGGGGAGUGGGAGUGAGCGGAGUGGGAGUGAGCGGAGUGGGAGUGAGCGGAGUGGGAGUGAGGGGAGUGGGAGUGAGGGGAGUGGGAGUGAGCGGAGUGGGAGUGAGGGGAGUGGGAGUGAGCGGAGUGGGAGUGAGGGGAGUGGGAGUGAGCGGAGUGGGAGUGAGGGGAGUGGGAGUGAGCGGAGUGGGAGUGAGGGGAGUGGGAGUGAGCGGAGUGGGAGUGAGGGGAGUGGGAGUGAGCGGAGUGGGAGGGAGGGAGGGGCGAUUUUGAAGAGUUGGUGGCUGCUGUGGAGUGGGUUCGAGGGAUCUGAAGCUUCGGACGGGCGGCAAACGGUCGAGAUUUCUGCUGCUGCGGAAUGGACAGCUGAGAUGAGCGCUGGAUGA